UGUGUCAUUAUAUAUGUUUUACGGCUCAGGGGGGGCCUUCCGUGCGCAAGGGAUUGUGGGACUUGAAGUCCUUGUGGUUUCCCAGCGUAGUGUUUUAGUUUAUGAAUGGGCAGGUUCUUAAAUGACACGUUUGCGCUUUUAUUUUGUCAGAUACUAAACCUAAGUACACCGGUCAUUGAUAUGAAAUAUAAGACAGAAACGGAAUAAAAGUCUUGUGUGACCUCGCUGCAGACUACAACUCCCAUCAUACAUCUGAUUUACUUUGAUCACGCCCCCUAGCGACGGCCCUUAGUAACGAGAGUCUGUAUACAAAUGUCCUAUACCUGAGAUGUGGGGCAAGAUGGAGAGGAUAGGAAAUAUCUAGUGGAUUGGUGGGGGUCCGACUGCUGGGACCCCCACUGAUUCCAAGAAUGGAGGACAAAUGUUUUCUGCAUGAAUGGAGUAGCAGUGCGCAUGUGAGGUGUAAUGAAGCACGGAAUACAUCUCCAGGAGUCAUGAAAUCUUUCCAUGGAAUACCAAGCCCUCCAGUCCUUCUACCCAUAACUAGUGCCAGGGAUAAGAAAUUUCUUACCAGCAUUGAGGAGAAUAUAAAGUCUGAGGUAGAGAGACUCUCUGCUGUGGGUCAGCUUGAUGCUGAGCAACAGUAUAUCAUCUAUGGACAGGCUUUUGAUAAGGUCAUUGACUAUUGCACUGACUAUAAAAGGCUUCUUACUGCAAUCAAACAGGAGUACGAUGAGUUUAUCGAUGCCACCAAGCAAGGAGAAAUCAAUGCAAUUCAUGUCCAUGCAAAAUUGAAAAAACUGGCAUCUGAACCCACUACACUAAUGUAUUACAGGAAGCGGGCAGCAGAGCUGGAGGACAGAAUAGAGAUAAUCAAUAAAGACUCGAUCAGAAUUGAAAAGGAAUUACAGAAACUGAAGGAUGAGAAGAGAGUAAAGACCCCUCCUAUAGAAGAAGCUGGACCACCACAAGAUGAAAUAGACCCCUCAGCUCCCAUUCCAGGUAUGACAGUCGAGGAUUCUCUGAACAUGGCCGCCCUUACAAAAUACCAGCAGCUCUUAGAAGAGAAGAAGCGUGCACUAAAAGCUGCUAUGAAGACGAAGUACAUCCCCAUCCAGAGAAAGCAAGAACUGGACGUCAAGCUCUGCACCGCUUUACAGGAAAGAGACCAAGUCGAGUUAGUCAACCAGAGAUUGUUGGACAGUUACAGAAAGAAAAGAAUUAUUGCGGACACGAUUGCUUCUUGGGCAAGAUCAGAUAAAAGCGUUUCUCUUUAUGAGACAUUAGCGCAAAUGGCAGCAAAAGAAAAUGAAAUGAAAGAUGAUACCUCUUCCACAAAUGUAUUUGAGGAUCUGGAUCCACGCAAAAGCCAGGAGGCAGAGGCUUUGCUGGAAUAUGUUGAAAGAUUUAAUGAGCUGUUUGUUAAUGGUCAGUACAAAGCUGCCGCAGUCUGUGCCGCACACAGCCCCCGGGGAAUCCUUAGGAACAUGGAGACCAUGGAGAGAUUCAGAGCUGUUGUAGUUGGUAAGGAUGAUGUUUCUCCUUUGAUGAUGUUUUUCGAAGCUCUUAUGGAAUCCAGCAGCUUAGCCAAGCAUCCUGUUAAUGCAGCUCUUACACUGGAGGCUAUACAGUGUGCUCUGUCCUUUGAGAAGAUGGAGCUUGUUGUUCACUGGGUAACCCAACAAAGGAUAACAUUUUCUGAAACUCUUGGGGAUGUAAUUCUGGAUUACGGAGACAGAGAGCCAUACCACAAGGUCACAUGCCUGGCACUGGCUCAGCUCAUCUACCGAAAAUGUUCUAGCCUGCGGAAGGCUGCUCUCUCUAUGUGCUUACAAGGUCAGAUCCAAGGAGCCCUUGACUACACUUAUCAGAGCAAGCGCUUUUUAUUAGAAGACUACUUGUUCUUGCUUAAAAAGUGCCCCACUGCAGAACUCAUCAAUGGCUUGACCAAAGAGUGGAACGGUAAACCGGCAGUACUGUCUGUAGGGCAGGCGGUGCUAUCCCUGCUCUGCACUGAUCAUAAGGAGUAUGGAUUUCAGCUGCUGGAGAGCAUAUAUCAGUGUGGAGAAGCUGCUUUGGAGCAAGUCAUCCUCAAUGACGUUGUCUGCACCCCCGAAGGCUGGGUAGAAAUUGCAGAGGAAUGUUCCAACAAUGACUACAGGCAGCUGUCUGAGAAGAUCAAAUCUAUCGUCAUAUCACAAGAUGGAGUUGUGGAGAUUUCCUCCAAGGAUGAGGAUGCAAAAAUGAUGGAGCAUGUCUUUUUGUAAUGCCUGCUGUGUGCCAGUAGAGGGAGCACUAGCACUAACAUGCCAGCAUACAGGUUUGGUUGUUUGUCUUUUCUCCCAGCUUAGAUAGCGGUAUUCUUGUAAGGGAAUGUAGCUGUAGACAUUCUGUCUAAAUUUAAUUGCAAAUUUUGUAUACAAAGCUAUUAAAAUGGUACAGUAUGAUACUGCAUAAGUUUUUAUUAAGUCACUGAUUUAAAAUUCUGCCUACAUUUUAGCCAGGCUU